CGAAAAUGAACCUCUCUGUCAUCCAGUUCAGAACAUCUCCAGCACCUUCCCUCCGAAUCCGCCAAAGCCGUCUGCAAUGACUAAACUUGAACUAGUAACAGACAACCAAGGCCUCCCCAACUCACCACCUGCUGGAUGUCCCAGAAUGCCUUGGUUGAAGGCUGAGGCCUUGAGGAUGAUGGGGCGCUUCUUUUCCCGGCUGCCUGAGGUGGAAGUUAAGGCUAUCCCUACAGAAGAUCUCUGUAAGUUCUUCGUGACUCCUGAAUUCCCGUCUUCAUUCGCCAAAGCAGAUGGGAUGCAGCCAGCGAUUAGUCAGAUGCUCUUUCAACGACUCAAGCAAGAAUGUUCCAACAGCAGCCAGAACUUCCUGAACCACAUUGAUAGGCUCGGCUCUCUCGUCUGUUUCUUUGAUGAUGGCCCAUCUCUCAAUGCCACACUGAGUAAGAAGGUGCUGUCCCAGAUGGCAGACUGCGAGAAUGCUGGGAUUGACCAGAUAAAACGAGACUUAAUGAGGAAGGUGAUGUCGAACGGUGACGUUCCUCCCACCAUAGAGCUGUUGCGGACUCUGGGUUCCAGCGUGUCCAUCCUGCCUUCUUCCAAACUGUCCGACUUCAGCGCUGAUACUCUGAAGAAUGGCCUGACCAGCCUGAGGGAGGUCAAAUGGAAGCCAGCUCAGGCCAGAAUUUUAGCUCAAAAACUCCUGGAGAAGAACGUCACUGGUGAAAGUCUCUUAUCUCUGGGCUCCAUGGUAAGAGGAGUGGACAGCGAAAUACUGAGGAAGGUUAAACUGCAGGGACUGCUGGGAAAUGAAGGCUUGAAGAACAUGACUGAGAAGAUGUCGUCUUUGCAGAAAAAGGCUCUGCUAGAAGGGUUGCGCUCCAGUUUGAAUGAAUCUGAUUUGGUGAAGAAGGUGCCAGACUCUCUCCUCUCCUCACUUUCUCUCCUCAGUCUGGAGAAAGCAGGAAUUAGCUCUGUAGACCAGCUGGGGGGUCGCAGCUGGUCGCGUACACAGUCUGUUUACCUUAUAAAGAAGACUUUGGGUCAGGGGAUCAAAUCUGAGCAAAUAAGGAAGCUGGGCCAGGCUGUCCAGGGUGUAACCUGCAGCAUGAUUGACAGUGUCAAUCAAAGUGAUACCUUGACAAUAGUGCAAACACUUGCCGAUUCUUCUAACUGGCUGUCUAGGACGCAGGUGCGCUGCAUUGCUAACAAACUCUUCCUCAGUCUAGAGAAACAGAGGCCCGGCUAUUUCAUGAACAUCACCAACUCAGAGCUGCAGGCCAUUCCUGCUCUGCUGCUGAUCCAACUACCAAUAAAGGUGAUUCAAGGUCUCCCGGCCACAGUGUGUCCUCGUUUCCUGGAGAAGAUGAGUCAAGCCAACCUGUCAUCCCUACCAAACAGUGCACCCUCACGCUGGGAGCUCAGAGACAGAGCUCUGCGCUGCCUGGGGAAGAAUGCGUCUAAUUUGUCCACAGCUGAGGUCUUGUCUCUGGGUCCUCUGGUGUGUGAGCUUGAUCCUGCAUGGAUGUCGUCUCUGAACCCUGCGGCUCUGAACUCUACGCUGCAGGCCUUGGCCUCCUGUGAACACAUUCCUCGCCCUUACAGAGCUCCUCUGUUCACACUGAUCACACGUGUCUAUGGGGCCCCAUCCGAUUGGACAGAAGACGUCAUGAAAUUACUGGGACCCCUCCUCUUACUAAAUGAUACCUCACUUGAGACGAUGCCUUUCAAAAGCUGGCUGAAGUCGUCUCUGUCUGGUCUGCUGGACAGCUUGCAGCCUCAAACCGCAGUCCCGCGUCCAGAGGAGUUCCGCUCAUGGCCUGAUUUGCUGGCUCUGAGCCGCAAACUUUUCCAGCUCAAAACGAACCCCAUCCUGCAGCGCCGCAGGAGAGCGAUUUCUCCAUCAGUGGUGCCUUCUGUGUCCGCCAUGGAGGAUCUGGGAGAGGGCAACAUGUACUGGAGUCCAGCCCAGCUGGCUAAUAUGUCUGUCCAGACGUUCAGAGAGGCAAUGCCUGUGCUGGGAGAGAUACGCAACUUCACUGCAGAGCACCUGGCAGUGCUCCGCGAGAAGGCUGUAGAGGCAUGGGGUGAUGUAUCACUGCUGAACCAGACUCAGAUUGUGGAGCUGGGCUGUAUCUGUCAGGGUUUCAACACUAAAGAACUCCAAAAGCUCAAUAUCACCUCACUGGACACACUGGAGCUUCUGUCCAUCUGCAACUGGAACUAUACACAGAAAGUUGCCAUCUGGCAGGGGUUUAUUGAGAGAACUGGAAUCAAAAUGGCUCAACUGGGAGCACUGGAAAUGACGGGACUGGGCAACUUUAUCUGUGGACUGCAGCCUGACCAGAUCGAUCAGCUCAGUACUGGAGAAUUCAAGGAGGCGGUGGAGGACAUAGGCCACGCCAAGUGUCCUGUGACGGUUCUGGAAUGCCUGAAGAGAAAAGCCAUCUCUGCAUUUGGUGAUCCAAAAAGCUGGGGUGAAGCUGAAGCCAGCAUGAUGGGCAACAUCAUGGCUGGUCUGAAUGGCACCGAGCUGGCAAGUCUGAACUCCUCCGUCCUGCCUUUCAUCCGCCAGUCUGCCAUCACUCUCAUUCUUCCUGAACGUCUGGCUGCACUGUCAGUGAACCAGCUGAAAUCUUUGGGCCCUGACAAUGCCGCCAUGGUAACAGAGACCCAGCGGUCAGGGCUGGGAGCGGAGCAGAGGGCGGCUGUGAACGAGUCUUUGGGACUGCCUACGUCUCGCAGUGAAACCAGCACGAGUGCCCCUGUAGCAGUGCCACAAAAAGGAGGGGCACCACAACAGAGCGUGUUGGGAAUCGCAGUGCUUCCUGUUGUGCUGCUGUUGCUGGGAUUUCUUCUCUGAGGAGAACUAGGCUGAAAAGCUCCCUGGGAAUAUUUAUAUCUGAAUCAGCCACUGCUAAUGCAAUACUAAAUAAUACAUACGUCAGAUUAUUUAACAUGUGAAAGUACACAAGUAAAAACAUUUAUAUUAUUAAGUGCAGCAGAGAAAACACCAUCAUUCCUAAUUACGUGUGUUUGAGGUGCAGUUAGAGCACCUUCAGUGAAGUGUCUAUGAAAAGCUCAUUUAAUACUGCUUUGUGAAAAUAGAUGAUAAUUUCUAAGACCUGCGACGGAAGCAUGAGAGAGAUUUGAAUCUAUUCAAGUAAGAAGAAAUAAAGAAAUGCUUUACUGAACAAACCUGGCUGGUUUGA